AUGAACGCGACAUCCGCCCCUUCAAAGCCCACACCAGCGCCUGAAUCGCCAACCGACCCCCUCCACGACCUAAUACCAGGCUACCCCAAGCUCGCCGGGCGCAUGGAAACCAUGCCCGAGAUAGCCAUGUUCAGAAGAUUCGGCGCUCUGAACGCGCGCAGCCUCCUCUACUAUCAGAGUGAACUAGCACAUCUCGAGGACCAGCUGAAGGAACUGGAAGCCGAAGACGCGAACAGCCCAGACGGCAAGAAAGCGACGUACAGUAUGAAUGCAUUCUGGCUCAACACCGCGGACUUCGAAGUGGACGGCAAACUCCGAGACGGCGAUAUGAGGCAACGAGAGCUUGUGCUGCAGAUCAGAUGCGUUCUUAAGAAAUACAACGAUGCACUCAUCCAACAAGCUACCAUAUUUCGAAUCAUGAAAGAACCCGAUCCUUUCGACCUCGAUCACAUCCAAAGGUUCAUCGCCGCCGAUGAAAUGAAGAACGACGUAUUCAUCGGCCCUGAUCACAAUACCUGGGGUUCGACAGAAAAGCCCGAAGACUACAGCAGAGACCUCGUCGUACUGCGUGGCCGACAAGAUAUGGAUACCUUCUCGCGCUAUAUUGCUGCAAGAGCUAUGCAUUGGAUCGUGAAGCUUGGAGGCGAGCGCUGGAAGAAAGUCGACGCGAGAUGGGGUACUAUCGCCAUUGAUGAUGAGACUAUCCUCUUGUUCACCUUUGGGGUUACCUGUUUUGUUGCUUCCGCUUUGCUGGUUAUUCCUAUUAUCAUGAUCAUGGGCAAGGAAUCUCUAGAGGAACAGCUGGUGGUCAUUGCGGCUUCCAAUGUGCUUACUGCGGUUUGCUUGGGGUACUUUACUCAGGCGCGGAGGAUUGAUGUUUUCGCUGUUACUGCUGCGUUUGCGGCGAUUCAGGUCUUGGCUAUUGGCGCGAAGUAG